AUGCUUAUAUCUCAACAUAUAGGAAGCACUUGCUAUCUAUCAUAUGCUUCUUUCUUUCUUUCUUUCUUUCUUUCUUUCUUUCUGUCUAUUACAGUCUAUUCAUAUCUAUCUAUCUAUCUAUCUAUCUAUUACAGUCUACUCAUAUCUAUCUGUUAUCUGCUCAUAUCUAUCUAUCUAUCUAUGACAGUCUGUUCAUAUCUAGCUAUCUAUGUAUACAUCCAUUACAGUCCGUUUGUAUCUAUCUAUCUAUCUAUCUAUCUAUCUAUCUAUCUAUCUAUCUAUCUAUCUAUCUAUCUAUCUAUCUAUUACAGUCUACUCAUAUCUUCUGCUCAUAUCUAUCUAUCUAUCUAUCUAUCUAUCUAUCUAUCUAUCUAUCUAUCUAUGACAGUCUGUUCAUAUCUAGCUAUCUAUGUAUCCAUCUAUUACAGUCCGUUUCUAUCUAUCUAUCUAUCUAUCUAUCUAUCUAUCUAUCUAUCUAUCUAUGACAGUCUGUUCAUAUCUAGCUAUCUAUGUAUACAUCCAUUACAGUCCGUUUCUAUCUAUCUAUCUAUCUAUCUAUCUAUCUAUCUAUCUAUCUAUCACAGUCUAUUCAUAUCUCAUUGUGAUGAGAUCUAUUUAAUCUAUCUAUCUAUCUAUCUAUCUAUCUAUCUAUCUAUAUAUAUAUAUAUAUACAAUGUAUAG